AUGCGGAGUGUGAUUCAACAACGGGGCUUCUGCAAAAGCCAAAUUACUCGUGCGCAUAAUAAUGCCUUAAAAUUUGUUGAUGACAUUCAAUCAGUGCAAACAAUAGUUGUCCGCCUGGCGCAACUACAGGAAAAUUAUUUGCGGUUCGUACGGCUCUCGGAAGAGCUGUAUGCAUUUAAAUCGGAAGCCGAUUGGGAGAACCCUGACGAGGAUUUUGACGCAUAUGAGGACAAACAUUAUGCUACACACGCUAUUCUCAGCAAUACUUUGGAGGAGUUGAGACGGGAUGUCACCUCAAACAAUAGCGAUACCCGCCAAGCCUGGGCUCAGUGCGCAGAAUCCGAGGAAAAAGGUGUGACCAUCAACCGAUUCUUGAAAUUUCUCACAUCACGCUGCGAUACGUUGGAGGCUUUUGAAUUAACUCGAUCAACCCAAGCUCGACGCGCAGCUACCACGCACCACGCAGACACGCAUCCAAGACGGGAAGAGCCGAAGUGCACAUCGUGCCAGCAGAAUCACCAACUGUUUAAGUGUCCUCAAUUCAUCGCACUCGACAUUGCAUCUCGCCGAGACUUCCUCAAAUCAAGAAAGCUCUGUUUCAAUUGCCUCAGCCCGGCUCAUAUGGUGGGCAACUGUACAUCGAGGCAUACUUGUCGGAUCUGCCGCCGCAAGCAUCAUACUUUGGUUCAUGGCUCGUCGCAGCCAAUUCAAAAUGGCAACAACAUUGACACAGCAAGUGUUGACAGCCGCGAUCGACCAGCAGUCUCACAUGCGGGAUCUACAAUUGGCCACAAUCAACCGCUAGCUCGAGAAGGUCAUCGCUUGGGAAGCGAGACUCCCGCGGAAAACAACUUUACGCAUCAUACUCUGGAGAAUAUUCCGGCGGCUGGUUCUCAGACUCUGUUGCCAACCAUCCUUGCUGACGUCAUCGACGCCUGGGGAAACACUACAACCUGCAGGCUGCUCCUGGACACUGGAUCUACAAUAACCUUGGCAUCGGAAUCAUUUGUUCAGCGAAUAGGCGUGCGUCGAACGCACGCACGGAUUUCUAUUCUCGGUCUCGCCGCCAACAGCGCGGGCGUUACCCGAGGACGCGCACAUAUCAAGCUGCGCUCUCGUCAUUCGGGCCAAACUGUCGAAUUGGUCUCGUUCAUUCUCACCUCGCUGACGUCAUCACUUCCUGCCCAAGUUAUUGACACCUCAUCCUCUACGUGGAGGCAAAUCUGCGAGCUUCCUUUGGCAGACCCAACGUUCUGCACACCUGGAGCAAUCGAUGUCAUUGUUGGAUCGGAUCAACUUUGGUCUCUAUACACAGGAGAUCGGAAACACUUUGGCUCUUACUCUGCAUUCGAUGAUCACCCUACUUCUGCGGUUACUCAUCACGCGGACCUAGACACGAUGGUUCGUUCAUUCAUGGAGAUGGACAGCAUUCAGCCUAACCAGGCUCUCCUGGACGCCAGCGAUCCCACAGAGCGUCAUUUUGCUGCCACACACAAGCGCUCGACGGACGGGGUGUACGUCGUCGAGUAUCCCUUCAAGGAGAAGGCACCGCCUAUUGAUUCGACCUUGCCACAGGCCAUCAAUCGCUUCUUCUCGCUGGAACGCAAAUUUCGUCGGUAUCCAGAAUUGAAGCAGCAGUACGAAGCUUUCCUGGACGACUACUUGCAACGUGGACAUAUGGAACAACUGACCUCGGCUCAGGUUGAAGAGUCCCCAGACACCUGCUUCUAUUUGCCGCACCACGCUGUCAUCAAACUGGACAGUCUGACUACCAAAUGUCGUGUAGUUUUUGAUGGAUCAGGAAAGGACAGCUCUGGAGUAUCGCUCAAUGACAGACUACAUAUUGGUCCACCGAUUCAACGCGAUCUUUUUGGCGUUUGUCUACGCUUCCGGCAGCACCAAUAUGUUUUAUGUGCAGAUGUCGAAAAGAUGUUUCGAGGCAUUAAAGUCUUUAAGCCACACACCAAUUUUCAGCGCAUUGUUUGGCGCACGACUGAGAAUGAACCUCUGCUUCAUUUUCGCCUGCUGACGGUUACCUACGGAUUGGCACCGUCACCAUUUCUGGCUGUUCGAGUUCUAAAGCAACUUGCCGACGAUCAUGGCCAUGAAUACCCUGCAGCAGCUCACGCUCUUCUGCACGAUGCCUAUGUGGACGAUAUCCCUACAGGCGCCAACACAUUCGAGGAGCUUAUGAUUCUCAAGGACGAGCUUAUAGCCCUCUUGGAUAAGGGAAAAUUCAAGCUACGCAAAUGGAGUUCUAAUACUCCUCAAUUCACCUGUCAAAGUUCUUGGUAUCCAAUGGAACCCUGGGAAGGACGUCCUGUAUCUCAACCUAAAGGGAUGCGAUGCGACCAUUUCUCCGACGAAAAGGAACUCUUGUCUCAGCUAUCAAGAAUUUAUGAUCCGCUUGGACUGGUAGCGCCGGUCACAGUUCUACUCAAGCUAAUCUUCCAAGAAAGCUGGACAAGUGUCCUGCAGUGGGACGACCCCAUACCUGAAAGUCUACGUACGCGCUGGAGAGCCUUAGUAGAGGAUUUGCCAGCACUUACGCAAUGCCAAGUACCACGGUAUAUUGCGUCACCAUUUCGAGAUGUUCAACUACACGGAUUCACCGACGCAUCCUCGCACGCCUACGGUGCGGUAGUUUACGCUCGAGUUGCAGUUGGAUGCAGCUUUCAAGUAACUCUGGUUGCCGCCAAAACACGGGUGGCCCCGAUCAAGCCCGUAUCAAUUCCACGUUUGGAGCUAAACGCUGCGUUACUUCUAUCUCGAUUGCUUUCUAUUGUCAAAACAUCACUAACAAUUCCUCUUUCAGCACGAGCUGCUGGACAGAUUCAGAAAUUCUGCUGGAACCAUGUUCGCACGGAAGACAAUCCUGCAGAUUGUGCUUCCCGAGGACUUCAUCCGUCAAAGCUUCUGGAGCAUCGACUGUGGUGGAAAGGUCCGUCCUGGCUGGCCACACCCACCUCUGAGUGGCCACCUUCUACAAGCAAGUUCAGCGUAUCUUCAAGUUUCGAUGUCAACACCGAAGAACGAGCCAUAAAGCCCACGACUCUACAUAACUUUCCUGAUGAAAGUAUACACGAGUUCCUCAUCCACAAAUUCUCAACCUGGACGCGUCUUAUAAGGGUAUCUAGCUACUGUCAUCGCUUUAUUCACACUCUUCGAUCCCAUCAUAGGAAUUCGGCACCAUUCCUUACGUCUGAAGAGUUGCUGGACGCACAGCGCCGACUUAUUCGACAUGUGCAACAAAAAUCCUUUGCCAGAGAUAUGAGCAGCUAG